GGGAUGGUUCACCACCACUACCACCACCUGCAAGACCAGACUUGCCUCGUGGCCGGACCUUGCUCCAGUGGGCUAAAAGCAAAAACCCUACUUCUCUUCGCUCGACGUGCAGCACGCUCAACCGGACGAUCGCGGCGACGGGGGCUGAUGAGUGAGCAGACGAAGGCUCAAUUUCGUACCGUGGGCAGCCUCAUACGCGGCUGGGACGGCAUCGUCGAAUUAUCCUACGCCGACGACGCAACUCGGGGAGGCUGUGUACUGGCGGCUUGCUGAGCAAAACACCCCCUCGGCCACUCACACCCUCGCCCGGCAGACCCACCAAAAGCAUCCCCUCCUCAAACAGCAUGGUCGACUACCGCACGUCAAGUCAUACGGACGCCACAGCGCCGUUGCACCCGCCUAGAGCGCUGACGUCGUCGACCACGGCCACGGCCAUGGCCAUGCCCAGGCACGCUGCAACGCUUCAUCGAUCGAUGCCCCGAUGGGCCGCCACCACGUCGAAAAGUCUGCAAAAGGCAAAACACCACAAACCUGAAAAACUGCUGCUGGGCCCGCCAAUCCUGCUGGAAAACUGUGACGGGGCUAGGCAGGACGAGCAUCCAGCCGGCAGUGGUGGCGCAGCGCCUGCCAUCAUCACCUCCUCCACCACAAAGCUGAUCCAUGCUGCUUUCGGCACCACCAGAAGCAGACGAGACGCGCUGAAUGGAGACAGAAUCCUGUUGUCGCCUGCCUGUACGAGUCCAGCGCCACUGCGGAACCGGGUUGCAUCCAUCAUCGACAAUCAUCGACCAUCAUCCAGCCUAAAGUCCGCCCGCCAGCGCGAGCGUCCUCGACCUCUAUGUGGCUAUCGCUGCUCGCUUACAAGAGCUUGCAUACCAACGUCUAUCUUCACAGAGCCACAGCCAACUACCUGGCCUUCAGCAUAGAUAGGGCCCACCCUUGAUCAGCCAAGGCGAGACGCCACCGCAUCCGACUGGGGCUCGUGGCCCUCGGAACUAGCCAAUGGCGCAUGCCUCUCAUCAUGACCUCAAAACAUUGCCAUGUGCUCUGC